UGACACUUCAGCAUGAGUAAUCCCAUGCUCAACCCAUUCAAUACAAAAUCACGGCAAGGAAACAUAUAACUUAUUGCAGUCUGACUUAAAACAAUGUGGAAAAAUAUUUGGAAUAAGCUGUUCAUGGUGCUGAUGGUGGGGCACAUGUUUGUGCCUAUUGAAGCAAAGAAUACCAGCAGAGAAGGAAAAACUCGGAGAAGAAAACUGGAGUCAAAUCCUCGUCGAAACAUCUCGUCUGUAAGAAUUUCUCCGGACCCAAUGAUGACAGGUUCAGACUCGGCCGUGGUGUUGCCCGGUGCUGGUGACAUGGACUUUGAUGAAAGUAUCAUGGACAUGGUGUCCCAAGUCAGAAACAACCCCAACUUAUCCAUUAGCAAAUGUGUUGUGGAUCGCAAACUUUGGAUGUCCAACAGUCGCAGCCUCUCUCCGUGGUCCUACAGAAUCAAUCACGAUGUGAACCGUAAACCCGUGGACAUUCCCGAGGCUGUGUGUUCGUGUGUGGGAUGCAUCAAUCCUUUCACCAUGCAAGAAGAUCGCACUAUGACCAGUACGCUCAUCUACACCAAGAUCCCUGUGCGCAGACGCCUGUGCCACCGGCCAACCAGGAAACCGAAGAAGAAAUGCGUUCCCCGUUACAGUACGGUGGUGGAGAGCAUUGCCGUAGGGUGCACGUGCAUCGUGGGGUAGCUGAGACGUACCCACUCCCACAUUCUUGAUCCUUAUUGUGAAUACUUUGUGUGAAAUAGUAAAAAAAAUGCAUUAACUCUGUUUAGCGAGCUUAAAACAAAAAUGUUAGUUUUGUGCUGCAAUUUCUGAUAUAUUAUGAAUUAUCCUGUACAUAAACCCCCACCCCAUAUUUUGUGAUUGAAUGAUUUGAAAAGAUGUUCUCAUUUUGACAA